AUGCUAUCAGAGGGUGGGGGCUUAACGGUCUCACCAGGGCGUCCUUUGGCCCCGUUCGUCCCUCCUGGACCUUCCCAAGGCCCAGCUGGCGGGGGAACUGGGGGUCGCCUCGGCUCCGCCUCCAGGACCCAGAACGCCACCGAAAGGCGGAGGGUGGGUGGGCGUCCCCUGGAGCGGAACGAGCCGGUAAGAAAUCGGCUUCCGGGCACCUCUCUAGUCCCAGCACCUGGAAAGCAAAGUGGGGCCGGACCCGGGGCCGCCCGGAAGCCCGCACGCACUUGGGCCCCCCACUCCCGCCCACCUGGAGACCGAGACGCACCCGCACCGACCGGGCGGCGGGGCCAGGAGGGAGGGGAGACAGGCAGCCGCCGCUGGGAGCGCCGGGCAGGAGCCGCCGCCUCGCCCCCAGGGAUGCCCGGCUAUGGCAACCCCCACGCCACGUUCGCGUGGGGCCGCCGCGUUUCCCUCCUUCGGUUUGAACUGCCCGCCUUGAGUAACCGCUACGCGCCGCCCCGCCCCGCGCCGCCCCUUCCUCCGCCUCCGCGGCGCCCCCCGCCGGCCGCCCCGCGACCCGCAGGCCGAGGCCCGGUCCCCGCUUCCCUGGAGGAGGUCUCGUCCUCCCUUUUCCCACCCUUCCACCCCUACCCAAAGCUCAGCCGGGCUUUCUAA